AUGGCGGAGGGCGGCGGCGCGGGGCCGGGCGAGCUGGAGCGACGGCCUUCAGUGCCGCGGCCCCCGAGCGCGCGUGACUUGCAGUUGGCCUUAGCAGGAUUAUACGAAGAUGAAAUGAAAGGCAAAUCCUCGAGGAUGGAUGGACCUAAAGCUGCAGUCUCUAUAAACUCACAAACACCACCGCAAAGGUUCUAUCCAAGUGAGCAUGAGUACAGUGGAUUACAUAUAGUUCGACCCUCAACUGGGGAAAUCGUGAAUGAACUUUUCAAAGAGGCAAAGGAACAUGGAGCAGUCCCUCUAAAUGAAGCCACAAGAGCUUCAGAUGAUGAAAAAUCUAAGUCAUUUACAGGUGGAGGAUACAGAUUGGGUAAUUCCUUUUGUAAGCGGUCUGAAUACAUCCAUGGAGAAAAUCAGCUGCAAGAUGUUCAGAUUUUGCUUAAACUGUGGCGCAAUGGUUUCAGUUUAGAUGAUGGAGAAUUGAGACCUUACAAUGACCCAACAAAUGCUCAGUUUUUGGAGUCUGUUAAGAGAGGAGAAAUUCCCCUGGAGCUUCAACGACUGGUUCAUGGUAGCCAAGUGAGUUUGGAUAUGGAGGAUCAUCAGGAUCAAGAAUACAUCAAACCCAGAUUGAGAUUCAAGGCUUUUAGUGGAGAAGGGCAGAAACUCGGAAGCCUUACACCAGAAAUCAUUAGUACACCUUCCUCUCCAGAAGAAGAGGAUAAGUCCAUACUUAAUGCUGUUGUUCUUACUGAUGAUUCAGUGCCAACAACAAAAAUUCAAAUCAGGUUAGCAGAUGGGAGUCGUUUGAUACAAAGAUUCAAUAAUACCCACAGGAUCCUGGAUGUUCGAGACUUCAUUAUACAGUCUCGUCCUGAAUUUGCAACUCUUGACUUUAUUCUUGUGACAUCCUUUCCAAACAAGGAGCUAAUAGAUGAAAGCCUGACACUACAAGAAGCAGAUGUUCUAAAUACUGUGAUACUUCAGCAACUAAAGUAA